GUGAAGCAGGAAGGCAGUGGGCGGGGCGGCGGUGACAGUGGGAAGCGAAGAUGGCAGCAGAGAGGGAGCCUCCUCCACUGGGAGAUGGGAGACAGUCGGAAUUUGAGGAGCUGGAAGACGGCGAGGAUCUCUUCACCAGUACCGUGUCCACCAUGGAGUCAAGCCCAUCGUCUCCUGAACCAGCCAGCCUUCACGCAGAAGAUCUCAGUACGAAUUCCAACGGCCCCAAACCAGCAGAAGUUAUUCUUAGCGAUGAUAGAGAAGACCUUUUCGCUGAAGCCACAGAUGAGGUGUCCCUGGAUAGUCCUGAGAGAGAGCUCAUCCUGUCCUCUGAACCCAGUCCUGCCAUCACCCCUGUGACGCCCACAUCAAUCAUCGCUCCACGAAUGGAAACCAUCAAUAUUUCUGCACCUGUUAUCUAUGACCGCUCAAGAGAUGAGAUUGAAGAGGAAGCAAAUGGAGAUUUCUUUGACAUUGAAAUAGGUGUUUCAGACCCAGAGAAAGUUGGGGAUGGAAUGAAUGCCUACAUGGCGUACAAAGUAACAACAAAGACCUCACUCUCUCUGUUCAACAAGAAAGAAUUUUCCGUCAAAAGAAGGUUUAGUGAUUUUCUUGGACUUCACUCCAAACUAGCAACAAAGUACAUGCAUAUUGGAUACAUAGUGCCUCCUGCUCCCGAGAAAAGUAUUGUAGGAAUGACUAAAGUUAAAGUGGGAAAAGAAGACACUUCAUCCAAUGAAUUUGUUGAGAAGAGAAGAGCUGCCUUAGAAAGAUAUCUUCAACGAACAGCCAAACAUCCAACUCUUUUGCAAGAUCCAGAUCUUAGACAAUUCCUAGAAAGCAAUGAGCUGCCGAGAGCAGUUAGCACCCAGGCGUUGAGUGGAGCAGGAUUAUUGAGGAUGGUAAACAAGGCUGCAGACGCUGUCAACAAAAUGACAAUCAAGAUGAAUGAAUCGGAUGCUUGGUUUGAAGAAAAGCAGCAGCAAUUUGAGAAUCUAGAUCAACACCUUAGGAAACUGCACGGCAAUGUUGAAGCCUUGGUGUGCCACCGCAAAGAGCUUUCGGCCAACACGGCUGCUUUUGCAAAGAGUGCUGCCAUGCUGGGCAAUUCUGAGGACCACACAGCCCUGUCCAGAGCGCUUUCCCAGCUUGCUGAAGUAGAAGAAAAGAUUGACCAGUUACAUCAGGAGCAGGCUUUUGCUGACUUCUAUGUGUUUUCAGAACUUUUAAGCGACUAUAUUCGACUUAUUGCUGCUGUAAAAGGAGUUUUCGACCAACGAAUUAAAUGUUGGCAAAAAUGGCAGGAUGCUCAAGUGAACCUACAGAAGAAACGAGAGGCAGAAGCCAAGCUACAGAUUGCCAACAAACCUGACAAGCUACAGCAAGCAAAAGAUGAAAUCAAAGAGGAGAUUGAAGAGUGGGAAGCAAAAGUUCAACAAGGCGAACGCGAUUUCGAGCAGAUCUCUAAAACAAUUCGCAAGGAACUCGGGCGAUUUGAGAAAGAUCGAGUGAAAGACUUCAAAGCAGUUAUUAUCAAGUAUUUAGAAUCUUUAGUACAAACACAGCAACAGCUCAUAAAGUAUUGGGAAGCCUUUCUACCUGAAGCCAAAGCUAUAGCUUAGAUGAAGAAUAUUCCACGCUCAGUUCAUCAAUUCAUAUUCAUCGCAUUCCACAACAAAAUCAUGUUUAAAUCAAAGAAAAUAUCAAGAUAAACCACUCUAUAUUUUAUUAACAUGUGGCUUCUUUUUAUAUACUAUUGCGUUUUAAUAAGAGUGCUGCAUGUCCUGACCCAUUCCAAUGGACUGUAGCAUGAUAUUCUGCAAUAUUUUGCUGAAUUGAACACUAAUGUGUCUUACUAUUUUGCAUUUAACAAGUGCAGAUGAAGGCAAGAAAGUUUUACUUUGAAGUAUUUUCUUUGAAAAAUCAAUUCUGUCAAAUUAAAUUUACCUUAUCUUUAUGAAGCAAAUUAUUGUUGCAUUUAUAAAUGUUCACUUACACAUUCCUGUACAGAUAUGAUUUUGUGAUUAUAAUAUUAAAGGUAUAUUCCUUGUGAAA